AAUAAAUUAGGACUAGUUAUAAAAGGCUAAUUUUAAUAUUUACUUCUCCAAAAUAGUUAGGUCAAAUUAAGGCAAUGAUUAUUUCGAGCAUAAUAUUUUUCGCCGGAAUAGUUCAAACCGGCUGGAGCCAGUGUCCCGAGCCUGAUGGAUAUUUUCCAGAUACUAGACAGUGCGAUCGUUACUUCAUUUGUAGAGAAGGGGUUAUCAGUGAAGGGCUCUGUCCUGACGGUCUGGCCUUCAACGAUAAAACUUCGUACCUUUCUCCUCGCUGUGAUUUCGUUCUCGACGUAGACUGUAGUACGAGGCCGGAACUUCAACCUGCUCAACCCUCUGAGCACUGUCCUCAUCAAUGGGGUGACUAUCCUCAUGAGACUGAUUGUGGAAAAUUCUGGAAGUGUGCUGAAGGAGUUGCUUAUGGCUUCGACUGUCCUGUUGGUUUAGCUUACAAUCUCAAUAAAAGAGCAUGUGAUUGGCCAGAUUUAGUACCAGAAUGUGACAGUGAAGCAUUUUUAGGCUUCAAGUGCCCUGUUCCAACCCCCGCAGAAAUUCAGUUGUUCGCUAACCCACUUUAUCCGCAUCCAACAGACUGCAAGAAACUCUUUGUGUGCGUGAUAGACAUCAACGAUCCUAGCCGGAGCAGGAGACUCCCGCGCCUGUUGGCCUGUGAAGAUUAUCUUGUGUUUAACCCUAUCAAAUCAUCAUGUGACGCUCCGGUGAACGUCACUGGAUGUGAAAAUUACUACGAAAACUUUGUGAAGCAGACGUUUUAACUUCAUGUAUUUGAACCCAUCUACAAAUUGAUAAGUUUAUUUGCUAUGUUAAACGUUUUAAAUAAAUUUACAUGUUGUAGGAAAUUAAACUUUAUCGUUCAUUGUUUUUUAACAUUGUUUUAUUUCUGCUUGAGAGUUAAAUCUGUAC